AUGGACGCUAACCACCACCACCCAGACAUGGAACACAACACGGGUGCCUUGUUCCCUCCUUUAGGUCAAAGCCCCCAGCAGCGAGCCAAGACGGCCCAUACCACAUCAUCCCUCCCGAUUGCCGGGAAUGCCCGUGUCUCGACUCACCCUCUACUUCCACCUCAUCACAUCAAACGAAGGAACCAAGUACACCUCCAUCUUCACAAACAGCCGCACCGGGGUCGUCAUCAUGCCAGGAAUAAGACGGACUCGCCCAAGGCACCGUGCUCGAUGACGGACCACAUCGUGGGACUUUACGAUGCUCCAGAACUACCCGAAAUAGAAGUGCUACUGCGACAAGGUGCAGCAAGUCGAGCUACAAUUGUUCAGAUGAUAGCGCAAGGAAUAUGCCGGACAUCGUUCAAUGAUGUGCAGAGGUUCCCAGCCAUUCACCCGUCGAUUAUGAGUGCAAGAAAAGAUAGAAUAGUUCGCUACAUCACAUUUGUGUCUGCCCCACCUUUUGAAAGAAGAGCCCCAAAGGACAGGCCCAAGUCUUGGGAUCGACGGGUCUUCAAGCCACUUGGUCCAGAAGAAUGUUUCCACUGUCAACUUCAAACUAACCACGCAGUUUGUGAAAGGCACAAGUAUCUUCGCGUUGGAGGUGGUUUUAGGCACAGCUAUUCGUACAUCAAGCAGACCCUGGACAUUAUGGAAGCGGAACAUCGUAAGGUUGCUGAGGAGGUGAGAAAGAGAUACGAAGAAGAACAGUUGGCUAUGAAAGCAAAAGCUCAAACGAGACGGAAAAUAAAGAUGUACGUGAAAGGUGCCGAUGGGAAGAUAGUGAGUAGGUACCUCUUCGUGACCGAAGACGAAUAUGAAGAAAUGAAGAAAGACAACAAACUUGCGAAGAAGAUUCUGGGUCUAGCUGACGAUGAAGAGCUGGAUGAUUGGGUCAGCUCCAAACAGAAGUAUGUCAUGGAUGAGAAGGGACAACUAGUUAAAGUAUCAAAGAAGAAAUAUGGCGACAGUGCUUAUGAGGAGAGCAUGGAGAGUGGCAUAGGUGGCCGGUCAAGAAGGAACAAAGGGCGCCACCAUGGUGCCUACAGUGACAGUGAUAGCUUUGAAAGUGGCAUGGGCCACAGCAUCCUUGAAGGGGACGAGGCAGAUCGCAGGCGCAGACGGAGGCAUGGUCGCCGCCGCUAUUCCUCAGUGGAGUCCAUAGAGUCUUACGUCAGCGAGGGCGGAACCAGACAAGAGCGUACAGUGCGCAGACGGCGAAGACGAAGGGACUCCUCGGGAAGUUCAUAUGAAGACGAGAACGGGAACCGGCGUAGGCGACACAGACGUCGUCGUCGCCGUGGCAGUGGCAGUGACUCUGGUACCGAGUUGGACAGCAAUGACAGCCGGUCACGACGCCGUAGACAUCGUAAGGGACGUCACCGGGGACGACACCAUGAUGGCGACAGCGACGGCAGUUAUGAUAGUUACGAUAGCAGGGAUGGUGGGGGUCGUAGGAGGAGAAGGAGGGGUGGCAGGAGGGGAAGCUACUCGUCUGGAAGUGAUGACUCAAGGUCUAGAAGAAAAGGAAGAAGGCAUCGUAGACGAUACAGCUCAUCCUACUCUGACGAAAGUGGUGCAGAAGGAGGGAAGGGACGUCGGAGGAAAGGAGGGCGCCACCGACGGCAUCGCCGUGGACAUUCCUCUGGCUCAUCUGACUAUUCGGACAGUGAGGAUUCAAGUUCCUACUCAGACGGAAGUUCUUACGACAGUUAUGACGAUUCAUCGGUGUCCUUAAGUGACAGCUCUGUAGUGAGUGACGCCAGCACGCCAAGCAGUGUCAACUCCAGCGAUAUCUCCGACAUUGACAGCAACUUAGACGAGGAUGAGAGAAUCCGCAUCAAAGCCGAGAAGAAGGCGAAGAAGAUGCUGGAGAAGAGGGCAGCUAAACAGCAACUUAAGGAGGAGACGAGGAAAGAGGCGAGGGAGGUUAAGAGGGAUAAGAUCAGGGCAGAGGUGAAGGAACAAAGACGGGAAGAAAGACGAGAACGGCGAAGAAAAGAGAAGAGGAGGCGACAACGCACACCAACCAGUCGUGACAUCAGCGCAUGCAGCAGCGUCUCCAGUGUCAACAGCGACGACAUCUCUGAUGUGGAUAGCGCCCUCGUCGGCGAAGAAAGACGACUUGCCAAGGAAGCUAAAAAGGCCAAGAAAAAAGCACAGAAGAAGGAAAUGAAGCAGAAGGAGAAAGUGAAGAAUGUACAAGAGCAGCACAGAGAGAAACGAAAGGAGAAAGAACGUCAAAGAAUCAAACGUGAGAUAGAGCGGGAAAUGGACCGCAUGAGCACACCCAGUGACGUCAGCAGUGUACACAGCAGUGACUUGUCAAGUGUAAGUGACGAAGAAGGGUUGACAGCGGAGGAGAAACAAGCCAGGAAGGAAGAGAGGAAGAAGAAGAAGAAGGAAGAGAAGAUGAAGGAGAAGAAGUUGAUGAAAGCUGUCAAUAAGGUCAUGGAAAAAAGAAAGAAGAAAGGCAGAGGUCAUUCCGGGUCUUCCGACGAUUCUUAUGCCAGAGGAAAGCAGGAUUUCUACGACCUUACUUCACAAGUAGUCAAGUCAAUGGUGAAGUACUCCAAGGGUGGUAAACGCGGCCUGGUCGACGAAGAAGGAUCCGAAUGGUUGGAUGACUGGAAAAAUCAGAAGACCAAAGACGGGAAAAAGAAGAAAGGGAAGAAAGGAAAGGCAGGUCAAGAAGAUGGUGAUUUCAUUGAGCUGACUGCCCCAGACGGCCGCAAGAUACGAGUCCCGAAGACCAGUCUCUUCGACGUGUGGAAUAUGAAGAAGAAGAUACGACUUAAGAAAGACGGCACCGUGGCACGAGACAGCGACUCGGAUGCCGAGUCCAUUGAGAUUGACUCGGACGGUAACAUGGUGACCCAACCCAAGACGGUCACCUUUGCCGAUACCUCGGCGGGCAAGUGGACAGGGUUCGCUACGACGCCGGAACCGCCUCUUAGUCCGACACAGGGAGGCAAAAUCAAAUUUCAAGGAGUCCGCAAGGUGCAACAUGCUUUCCGCAAGGACCGAGGCGUACUCACCGAGCAUCUGAAGAGAGUCUUAGACACGGCGUCUGAGCUCAGUUAUCCAAGGCCAGGAGAUCGUGAAGAAGCUAGGAGGGGAUACCACCAAAAUUCGUGGGAAUCGAUUGAUUUCCUGAACCACUACCGACUAGUGGAAGGGUAUAAGUUGGAUCCACUCGGGAGAGCAUUCGUAGUGGAGGAUGUGGAUUAUGAUUGUACUUUGACUGCUGAGGAGAUGCGGUCAGCAAUAGAGGGCGUGCCGAGUCUUUCAUCCAUUAAGCCUAAGCAGCUAGAAUAUGUCCUAAGAGUUCUGAAUAUAGACGAACACACGGACAUAACAUUCAAAAUGUUUGCUGUCAUAUCAGGAGUAUGUGAACGAAUGUGUAACAUGGACUCCUUUGGCAAGUAUAUUCUUGACAAGACCAAUUUGCUUGAUAUUGCACGCAAGAUGGCACUGUAUAAGAAUAUUUUCUACUGCAAUGUGAAUUCUGAACGGAGUGUCAAUCAUAUUACGUCAGAAUCUCUACAGAUUGAACUCAUAGCCGGGGGACUGAGUCCAGACCAGGAACGGUAUAUCAUGUCAAAGAUGAAUCCAGACGAAUAUGGAGAGAUCUCCUUCUUCGACUACAUGGCCUACAUCCCACUCUUCCUCUCCAUGCACGAGAACAUCAUCGACAAUCCUCUCGAUCGACACGAGAAGUUCACCACGAGGUUAGAUUACGGCGAGGUGCAACGGGAUAUGAACCCGAUGGGCCUCCCACUGCAGAGAGGGUAUCUGGGCGUCCCGAAAGAGAUCUUCCCGUCGGGGAUACCGCCGCGGAGUCCCGAGGACGGGGCGACGAGGGAGUUCAUCGAACGGGGGGAUUUACUGGAAGACAUGGUGGUCGGAGGAAAGAGCGGACGAUUACCCAGCAUAGGUAAGAAAACCUCAGCUCCAAUAAGUGCAAAGCAAGGAGGCAGAAUGAAAGAUCUUGGACUAUCGAUGUCAAUGCCAUAGCUCAAACCGCCAAAAGCUCAAACGGCCAUCUGGGUCCAAAUUCAUCACGUCAGCAAGCAAAAAAAAAAGAAGGUGUUGAGAAGCAAAUUACAUAGUUUGCUGAGCAAAUCACUGACAAAGCAUGUAACUAUCAAAGUUAAAAAAACACAAUGUGUUUCUCAAAGAUACACCGAAAGUACCAAAGGGUCCUCGGGCUAAAAACGUAAUUAGAGGGACUCUCGUGGGGCUCGGCAGAGCUCCAGCCCCGCUGAACUGGCAGCACCAGAAGGCUCUUUUUUUUCGCGCCGAAGCAGGCAGACUGACCGAGGGACCUGGUGGGCCUGAGAGGCGCGAGUGCCCGGCAGGGCGUUUCGGGCCAAAGCAUGGAAGUUGAGGUUAAACAGUUUAUUUUUUCUUCAAACAAGAUAUUGCAGUGCUGUUCAGGUUAUCGCGCUUAACAGCUGUGUUGUGUGCUGAUCACACUGAUACAGCACUUAAAAAAUAUGGCUACAUUUUUAGUUGUUCAGGCCUACGCAUCUUUUCUGGCUUUGUUUUGUUUUCUACCCAAUUUGUGUCACAUGCGAGACAUGCAGACUAAAGUUUGCCCAGAUUACACGCAGUUUUUUUUUCCGUUACUCGACUCGGCGGCAGUUUAUUAAACUCGAGGAGUUUUUGAUUAUUUUUGUUUUAAUGUUAAAGUUAAAGUUAUUUAUUUUUGCAACUAGUUCGCUGAUGUUUCCAUCACAAGUCUGCUUAUUUGCCCUUUUAGUCGGCUUGUGGAAAUGUGGAAUGGAAAUGUUAACCCUUUAAAACAUUCAUUGUAUAAUGAAAAAAAUAACAGGUCUUAAUUUAAAAUUAAAAUGAAUUUUUGGUUGUAACAAGACUGGUUUCACCAAAUGGACCCCUUCCAUAUGACGUCACAAGCUCAAACAGUGCCCUCACUGAGACCAAUUAGUGAUCAUGAAGAGUUGUGAGUUGGGCAGACAUGCAAUGAAAGGGUCUAUUGAUUUCUAUCAAUUGCUUUGUUGUCAAAUUUGAAAUACUUAUUCAUGUAAAUACUGAUAUUCGGUUAUUUAUGAUUCCAUACAUUCCAUAUUUCUUACGGUGCUUUUGUAUUUUUGUCUUUGUACAUAAUUAAGCUAUAGUUUGCUAUUUUUUUUAUUUUAAACAAAUCUGAAUAAACAUCUCAAGUUGAAUUUCUUUUAAAAAAAGAUCUAAAAAACAGCGUAUUACUUGAAAGGUUUAUACAAAAUUUGAAGUGCAAGAUUUUACUGAAAUUUAGUGCAAUAACCUUUCGUCGCCGUGUGUUCAUUUUAGCAGGUUCUUUCAUUUUUUUUUUUUUUUUUUUUGUAACACCUCCCUUUUUUUCUUCGCUUUAAGCGAAACGAUGUGUGCCGUUCUUGUCCGACGAUUUGUUUUAGAAAUGUUUUGUUUGCAUUGCAGUCAGUUCAAAUUUAUUGUGCAGUGUUUUAAGAAACCGGUUAAAUAGCCAUUACACUUUAGAAAUAAAGACCGAAGUUAUUUUGUUGUUUUGUUUUUGA